UUGCAGUUUAGUCCACACAAAUGUUCGUACGUACAGCUUCUAAACCCCGUUAAGAAUAUCACCUGAGCAGUCCCCACCACCGAAAUACGCAGAAGAGGGUUGGGCUUUCCCAGUUGCGGGCUGGCGUUCUGUGUGGAACGACGAACGUAAGAUAUUUCGCCUGCUUUAUUACGUCAGUAUUAUGCGUGGGCUGUCAUAAAACGUGCGUCGCUACCCUUUACGUCACAAAACAACAACAACAGGAGCAACACAACAACAAACCUACGGCGGGAGCACGUUGCCCUACAGGGGGACCGGUGAACCACAGCUGUACAUGACACACCGGGGGAGACCUAAAGAACUCAGCGUCUUCACAGAGCUCGUUCGCGGACGAGUUGAGCUUUGGAAAGGACAUGCCCAGACUUCCGAAUAAGCCGUUCUAAGAUCUGACGUUCCUUCGAAUUUGAUUAAGACGUGACGCCGUCUUCAGUGACGUUCUGGAACGCGCCGAAGGACGGCCUUCUUGACGUUGCCUGGAUACUAGACAUACCUUGCGGGUUUGACUCAACGACCUCGGAGUAACAUGGUAGCCGCACAACGAGGCGGGGAAUAAUUGUUGCCGGAAGUAUAUAUACAGUACGUACCGGGAGGGGAAAACCAUCAUCACGACAUGGAAAAUCUUUCCGUUGCGAGCCCGGACGGCGAAGCGGCGGGCAUGGAAGAGAAGGACGGCCCGGGAGUCGGUGGCAACCACGCGGCAUCGCCGACCCCCCCUCCCCCUGACCCCCCCUCUUUCCCUGACGACCCAGCCGCGGGUUUGAACCUACAGGAUUUAGAAGACGACGACAUGCAAGCCGACGAGGAACAACUCAAAAUGGUGGCUGGGCUGGCCGCCUUCCAACUGGAGUCUAAGAUAUUCAGCCUGGUGCUUCCCAAGUCACUGAUCCACCCUUACAUCUCUCCUCGGACAAUUAAAGACAUGGAGAACAUCAUCAACAAGUUCAACAAACCGGAGAGUAAAGAGAAGUUGGAGGGGGCGGCGGAGAAGUGGGAGGAUCUGAAGACAGAGCUGGACUUCACGAGGAGUCACGAUCAGGUCAUACAGACGCUUAAGUCGGACUACUUACACGUCCACAAUCCGCUCAAGGUCAUGGCUAAGGUGCACCAAAGGUGUUCAGAAGCAGAAGUACGGCAGGCACUCCGGGCCAGGUUACCCGACCGACUACGGCAAACCGGAGAGGACAUUCUAGUCAUGAUGGGAAAAUUAGACCUCAUCCCGAGUUGAAGAGACAGGCUAGGACGGCGUGUGAUUGGCUCACCCUUCGUCACGUGACUGUGUUUGUGUAAUUAAAUGCUGCUUUACCUAUACGUCAUUUCUCAUGCCAGGACCACCGCUUGUAUAUGUCACGAAACUACUACUGGUCUACCGGCCUAUGUUCUGCCUUCUCUUUUGGUAGCGCUUGCCAGCCGUCACCAGCCAAUCAUAUCGCCGCCUACGGUCAAGAGACAACAUGAUUGGUCAGUUAAGUUUCCUCCAAAAACAGGCCUAAGGUAGUAUCUGAUUGGCUGACGGCUGACCAAUGCUAACGCAGCGAGAAGGACGGAUCGAAUGCUGGUACGCCAGAGUCGUUUUGUCACAUAUAUAAGCAGUGGGCGGGGCAUGAGAAGAUGCUUUAUACCCACGCACAUCCAAGGUGGUUUUAUAAUCUAGCUCCUUAAUACAUCCGGUCGAAAAGCUAUUCAACCUGGUGAACUGGUCUGUCCGGAAUGAGCUAUUAUAGAUCUUGUACGAAGUUUUUCACGUGCGGUCUGCUUUUCUAGUAUAGU